AUGCUGGGGAACAGAGUUGUGCUGCUGCUGCUGCUACUGCUGCCCUGGACAGCUCAGGCCCGGGCUGUGUCAGAGGAUAGCAGCCCUGCUUGGGCUCGGGGCCAACAGCUCUCACAGCAACUCUGCAUGCUAGCCUGGAGUGCACACCUACCAAUGGGACAUGUGGAUCUACCAAGAGAAGAAGGAGGUGAUGAGACUACAGAUGAUGUCCCCCGUAUCCAGUGUGAGGAUGGCUGUGAUCCACAAGGACUCAGGGACAACAGUCAGUCCUGCUUGCAAAGGAUUCAUCGAGGCCUGGUUUUUUACGAGAAGCUUCUGGGCUCAGAUAUUUUCACAGGGGAGCCUUCUCUAUUCCCAGAUGGCCCUGUGGACCAGCUUCACGCCUCCAUACUGGGCCUCAGGGAACUCUUGCAGCCCAAGGGUCACCACUGGGAAGCUGAGCAGACUCCAAGCCCUAUUCCCAGCCAGCCAUGGCAGCGCCUCCUUCUCCGUCUCAAGAUCCUUCGAAGCCUCCAGGCCUUUGUGGCUGUAGCUGCCCGGGUCUUUGCCCACGGAGCAGCAACUCUGAGCCCCUAA